AUGGAGGUCGCUCGGCUAGACUUCAGCCUUUGCGCUGCCAGCGACCUUCAGACGAGCGGGCGAGGUGGCGGUGGAGACUACUUCACUUUCGCGUGUCCUGUCGUGCGCGCCGUCAGUCAGGCAGCAAGAUUUUGGUUGGCUUGUGGUGAGUACUCUGUCCGACUCGACGCCCCCACUCAGACACAUCAGAAGCAUACCGUGCCCACUUUGAAUUAUCGCGCAUACGCCCGUCUACAACACAGUCUAACACAGUCUCGUUAG